CAGCUGACGCUGGACCCCAACACAGCACACAGAGAGCUGUGUCUGUCAGAGAGGAACAGGAAGGUGACAGGGGGGGUAAAGCAGCCAUAUCCUGAUCAUCCAGAGAGAUUUGACUACUGGAGGCAAGUUCUGUGCAGAGAGAGUCUGACUGGUCGCUGUUACUGGGAGGCUGAGUGGAGUGGAGAUGGGACCCUGAUAGCAGUGACUUAUAAAGGAAUCGGGAGGAAAGGAAGGAGUGAUGACUGUCGUCUUGGAUUCAAUUACAAGUCAUGGAUGCUGCGCUGCUCUCCUGACAGUUACUCUGUCUGUCACAAUAAUAAACAGACUGUCAUACCCAUAAAGCCCUCUGGUUCUUGCAGAGUAGGAGUGUAUCUGGACUGGGCGGCUGGUACUCUGUCCUUCUACAGAGUCUCCUCUGAUGGACUGACCCUCCUGUACAGCUUCACCUCCUCAUUCACUGAACCCCUCUGCCCAGGGUUUAGGGUUCCUAUAAACACCUCCAUGUCCCUGUGCAUGCUGGGAUAGCUCACUGUGUGCUGGAGGAAUCAUUUUUACCUUAUCAGAGUGUCACAUGUCGCUGCCUCUCCAUGGCAAAAAGGUAAA